AUGGCUGAGUUAAUCUCUCUCAUGGACAUCGACGACAACGAAGACGACAACAGCCAUUCCCUUAAAUCGAACAACUACAAGGGCAAAAGCGUCGUCGUUUCCGCUUCACCUGACUCCAUAGCCACACCUUGGGUCGAAAAAUUCCGCCCUCAGUCGCUCGCCGACGUCGCCGCUCACAGAGACAUCGUCGACACCAUCGACAGGCUUACGAGCGAAAACAGAUUACCACAUUUGCUAUUAUAUGGGCCGCCUGGUACAGGGAAGACGUCGACAAUUCUUGCUGUUGCAAGAAAGCUAUAUGGGUCACAGAUGCGUAAUAUGGUUUUGGAGCUAAAUGCAUCGGAUGCUCGUGGAAUUGAUGUCGUAAGACAGCAGAUUCAAGAUUUUGCUAGCACUCAGAGCUUUUCAUUUGGUGCAAAGGCCUCUGUGAAGUUGGUCCUAUUGGAUGAAGCAGAUGCCAUGACAAAGGAUGCUCAAUUUGCUCUGCGUAGAGUUAUUGAGAAAUACACAAAGAACACUAGGUUUGCUCUUAUCUGUAAUCACGUCAACAAGAUUAUUCCAGCACUGCAGUCAAGGUGUACCCGAUUUCGCUUUGCUCCUCUUGAGGAUAUUCAUGUCAGAGAGAGACUUAAACACGUCAUUGAGGCUGAAAGGCUUGAUGUACCUGAGAGUGGCUUAAAGGCACUUGUACGGCUUAGCAAUGGUGAUAUGAGGAAGGCUUUGAACAUUUUGCAGUCAACACACAUGGCUUAUCAGCAGAUAACAGAAGAAGCUGUGUACCUAUGCACUGGAAAUCCUUUGCCUAAAGAUAUUGAGCGAAUAUCUCACUGGCUUCUGAAUGAGCCUUUUGCAGCUAGUUUUAGAC